AUGGACUCCCCCGCCUUCGCCGUCACCGGCAUGUUCACGCCCUCCAAGGUCGCCGUCUCCACCUUCACGCCGCGCACGUCGCCGUCGACGCGCCGCCCGACGUCCGCGUCGGUGCGCAUGGCGGUGGACCCGCUGCAGCGAAAGUUCCAGACGCUGGGCAAGAUCAACGUGGAUUACUCGCGCCCGAAGAAGCUUGCCACGUACAAGCGCUCGGGCUACUCGGUCGAGAUGGACUACCCGACGUCGGCCGCGAUGGCGGGGCACUACUCGGUCUCGUCGUGCGGGAAGCCGGGCGGCGCCGCCAAGAUCCUCAUGAAGUACGACGAGUACUGCGCGAAGGGCAUGAUGCAGACCUACAAGCGCUCGGCCGUGCCGUUCGGCACGUACACCACCAAGUGCGCCGAGGGCACCGUCCCGCAGCAGGCCUUUGACAAGCGCGUCUUCAACCGCACCAACGCCUUCCGCCAGGCCCAGAAGCCCGUCAACGUCCGCCUCCGCGAGCAGUACGAGGCCCGUCGCGCAUGCUUCAUCCUCGCCAACGGAUGCGACAGGGAGGAGGCCCAGUUCAAGAACAUGCCCAUGAGCGCCGCCACCUUCCUUGCCGGCCGCGCAGAGGCCAUGGGCACCUGCUACAGGAACGUCACCCCGUCUACCAUCGCGGAGGACUACAUGGCCGACGGCGUGCGCGCCCAGCUCACCCAGAAGGCUCAUCCGUAUGGUCUCUACCGUGUCGGUGUUUGCGAGGAUGGCCAUGCUAAGGGCGAUGCUGAGGAGCGUCGUGUUGCCGCCCUCUCCGCAGAGUACCGCUCCAACCAGCAGUCGCCCGCCGCCGUCACUGGACAGCAAUACGAGUCCGCCCGCACGGCACGCAAGCUCUACGCCCACGACUGCCACCAUGAGGAGGAGCAAAUCUUCCAGUACCCCGCUGUCGCCGCCGCUAUGUGCCGCCACUAGACGGUCGUGGUGCUUUUGAGAGGCAGAGGAGGAGGUGGAAUAGGAGGCCGUGCCGUGUCUCUUCGUGUCUCUUCGUGUCUCUUCGUUGAGCGGGGCAUAGCAGACGGUCCGCCCCCCCGCGUUUUAUAGUUCUUUCUUUGGCAAGUUUAGCGACGAGGGGAGCGCGGGCUUGGCCUUGUGCAGGUCGCCUAACCUCUUGGUAAUGUUGCCCUUGUCGUAAAACAAUUUCCGAUUUAUCCCUGCUCGCCUCGGGUGUGUGUUUUCAUCUUGUUCGUCCUUUUCGUGGUACACUAGUAGUAAACGAGCGCAGA